UGACAGGCCCAAAGGGGAGCGGUAGAAGCGUCUAGCACUCUCCACUGACUCCGUGGGCGUUCGUCAAGCCGGGCACGGAACGCGCUGCCGCUGCCGCGAUCCGGGCGAGCUCCACAAGCCGACGCCGGCGGCGAGGAGGAAGGACGGCUCCGAUGGACGCGUCGGGGGAGCUGCAGUGCGUGGGGCGGCUGGAGAUCGCCGCGCCCCCGCCGGCGCGCUACCUCCGCGUGGGCUCCCUCCCGGUCCCCACCGACGACUCCGCCUACCUCCCCGCCCUCCUCCCCUCCGCUUCCCCGACUGGGACUGGAGCUCCAAGGUAUCAAAUGCUGCCACUGGAGACUGACCUCAACACGCUCCCCGUGAUUCCAAACCUCCCGGAGAAGGUUUUCCCAACGGAUGCGAAGAGUACUGAAGGAUUACGGUGUGGAAGCGGACUUUUCAACCAAAACUUAUCAAGGAAGUGUGAAGCACUAGCUGUGUCAGGCCUAGCCGAAUAUGGCGAUGAAAUAGAUGUGAUUGCUCCAACUGAUAUUCUAAAGCAGAUCUUUAAAAUACCUUACUCUAAGGCACAAGUAUCUAUUGCUGUUAGCCGUAUUGGAGACACACUCAUUUUAAACUCAGGGCCUGAUGUUGAUGAAGGUGAAAAGAUAUUUAGAAGACAAAAUAACCAACCUAAAGGAUCUGAUCCUUCAAUUUUAAAGAACUUCGCGAUGCACUCGGUUAGGGCAGAGGCUUGUGAUUGCCCACCAAGUCAUCAACCAUCACAGGAAAAGCAAACAGCAUCCAUGUUGCAUGGACCCUUCGGUGAUAGGGAGGGUUCCUUUGAUUCGUCCUCCUCGUCUAAUUUUAGCACGUCGCCGUAUUUGGAUCAGAAUAUCAGUAAAAGUAGAAAACCGUCACAUGGUACUUGUGAAAGCCUGUACUGGGGUGCAAGGGAAAAUAAGCAAAAAGUUCCAGGAUCGGACCCCAUUAGGAAAACCACUCGUGUUGGUGAAACCCCCAGUUGUGAGGUGCAAGAAUCUGAGAAGAGUAGGAGAGUGGGGAACAAUGGAUUUCGGAAGGUUUGCUUUUGGCAAUUUCACAAUUUCCAUAUUCUCUUGGGUAGCGACUUGCUUAUAUUUAGCAAUGAGAAAUAUAUCGCAGUCAGCUUGCACCUAUGGGAUGUUUCUAGACAGGUUACUCCAUUGAACUGGCUAGAAGCUUGGCUUGACAAUGUUAUGGCAAGUGUGCCAGAAUUGGCCAUAUGCUAUCAUCAGAAUGGUGUUGUCCAAGGCUAUGAGCUUCUAAAAAAUGAUGAUAUAUUUCUACUUAAGGGUGUGUCCGAUGAUGGCACACCUGCAUUUCAUCCACAGGUUGUCCAGCAAAAUGGCCUAGCUGUCCUAAGGUUCCUUCAGAAUAACUGUAAGCAAGACCCUGGUGCAUAUUGGCUCUACAAAGGCGCUGAAGAAGAUGUUGUGCAGUUAUAUGACUUGUCCAUAUUACCUGAAAAACGUACUGCUGGUGAUCAUAUAUCUACGUGCAGUCCUGUGUCUUCUUUAAUGAACAAGGGGAGAAGGGAAUCACUUUUCUCUUUGGGCACACUCCUCUAUCGCGUUGCUCAUAGGAUGUCUUUAUCGAAGGUACCUAGUAAUAGAGCAAAAUGUGCAAAGUUCUUCAGAAAAUGUUUAGAUUUCCUCAGCAAGCAGGAUCACCUGGUUGUCAGGGCAUAUGCUCAUGAACAGUUUGCAAGGCUCAUCCUUAAAUGUUACGAGGAGUUGGAACUGACAACAGAAUCAUUUCUGCUUGAAUCGGAAGUUACUCUUACCGACUUGGAUGAUGAGUCUCCACAGCUGAGCCUUCAGAAUUUACCAUCAAAGCAAGAUGAUGUAUUGACAGAGAUAAGCAAGGAUGAGCCAGCAGCCGUAGAUAGUAUGUUGGAGUAUUCACAAUCAGAAUCUUCACGUGGUCAUGUUGAUACUGGUACUGCAUCUUCAACUACAAAAGAUGUCUCUGAUGAUAGCCUGCUAAUGUGUCAGGCUGGAAACUCUCAGAUAUCAAAACCAAUUGCUGAUGCCAUCUCCUCUAAGUUGGCAGCUAUACAUCACGUAUCACAAGCUAUCAAAUCUUUAAGAUGGAACCGGCAGCUGCAGAACAGUCAGGAUGAUUGUGUUGACAAUGCAGACACCAUUUGGGAGAGACCUGUUGACUUCUCUUUAUGUAGAUGUGGCGAUGUUGAUUGCAUUGAAGUUUGCGACAUCAGGGAGUGGCUACCAAAACUGAAAAUGGACCAUAAAUUGUGGAAACUUGCUCUUUUGCUGGGUGAAUCUUAUCUGGCACUUGGAGAGGCGUAUAAAAAUGAUGGACAGCUUCAUCGCACUCUGAAAGUUGUGGAAUUAGCUUGCAUGGUUUAUGGUUCUAUGCCUAAACAUCUAGAUGGUGAUGAAUUCAUCUCAUCCAUGUCCAAUAGUUCGUUGUGCCUUGAAGAUGGUGAUCUAAACUCAAGUCUUGUAUUGGAUGAAGCAGAAUAUUUCAAGAAUGCAAAAUGCUUUGGUUAUGAUAUUUCUGCUCAACAGUUGCCUCCAAACUAUUUAUUCUGGGCCAAUGUGUGGAUGCUUGUAGGCGAUGUCUAUGCAGAAUAUCACCGAUUGGGCAGCCAUCAAGCACCGGUGCUCCAUGAGCAAAAGCCUGAAGGUGAUCUUAGGAUGUCAAAUGAAGUUGCAAUGGAAGUCAAACGUCUUAAGAGAAAAUUGGGAAAAGAUAAGCAGAAUUGUGGAACAUGCUCACUGAUAAACUGUAGCUGCCAAAGUGAUAGAGCAAAUAGUGGCAGUAGUGCAAGCAGUAGUAGUCCUGAGGCCUCUACAUUGCAUGGAAGAAAGAAAAAUAAAAAAGCAUCUGGCAGGAACAUUCGUUCACAAUCUACUGAAAUUAAAGAGAAACCUAAUGCGCAGGAAGCUAUCGGAAGUUCUGAAGAAACUCAAAACAGCACGAAUGAUACUCGUCUUGAGAAAAGGACGGUGGCAAAGGCUGAACUUGAUCAUGAUCACACCAUGGAUAAUCAGUCAAGUAAUGCUGAUGCUAUUCCUGAUAAACCUAAUGGCGAUGUUUCCAGUGGGAGCGGUGGUAUUUUCAAGUACCUUGUAGGUCCUAAACCAGGAGAUGCUGAAUACAACUUGUGUUCUGCUAUUCACUGCUAUGGUGCAGCUAAGGGAGACAUGUUUGCAUUUCCUGUGCGCUCAGCAGAGUUCUUCACCAUUCUUAAGAAAAGAGGUUGGGCAUUCAAUGAACUUGGCCGCAUUAGACUUGAGAGUAAAAAUCUGAGUAGUGCUGAGAUUGCUUUUGCUGAUGCUAUUAGUGCAUUUCAAGAAGUCUCUGAUCACACAAAUGUUAUAUUGAUCAACUGUAACUUAGCUCAUGGUAGAAGAGCUUUAGCAGAGAAAUUGGCGUCGAGGAUAGAAGAAUUUCAGAUGUAUGAUCUUCCUGAAGGCUCAUAUAUGCAAUCCGUGAAGUCUGCCAAGUCGGAAUAUUUCCAAGCAAUAAACUACUAUACAGCAGCUAAGAGGCAACUGAAGUAUGCUAUUGCUGACAAUGAAGUUGAUAAAUCACUGUACAACGAAGUUUACACCCAGUAUGCCCAUACCCACCUGAGGCUCGGAAUGCUUUUGGCAAGGGAAAGCUUUUUAACUGGCAGUUACGAAGGUGGACUUGUUGAUGAAUCAUCUAACAGAACAGUUCUUGAGAUUUCAGCAAGUGAUGCUUUUCGGGAGGCUUUGUCUACAUACGAGUCCCUUGGUGAACUUCGCAAACAGGAGGCUGCUUUUGGCCAUUUUCAGCUUGGUUGUUAUCAAAGGGAUCUGUGCUUCAAGUUCCUGGAUUUGGUUAACAAGGAGGUCAAACAGAAGAACGAGGAUAAAUUUCGUAAGAAAGCUAAGUGGUAUGGUUCGCUAGCAGAGAAGAACUGGCAGAAGGCUUUAGAAUUCUAUGGUCCAAAGACGCAUCCUACCAUGUUUCUUAACAUCCUUAUGGCACAAUCAGCCCUUUCUACUAGCAUCUUUGAUUCGUUUCAUUCUAGUGCGAUGCUUGAAGCCGCGCUGAUGCACUUGCUGGAAGGCCGCCAUGUUGUCGAAGCGAACGAGGAAUACUCAAACGAUGUGAACCUGGACAUAAAGCCGAAGUUCUGGAGCCAGCUGCAGAGCCUGCUGAAGAGCAUGCUGAGGAACCUGGACACGAGCAGGCCGGCAGCCUCCGCCGCCGGUCAGGCCAACGGCGGCGGCAGGGGUGACGCAGCCAAGCUGAAAGAGAUGUAUCGUCUGUCUCUGAAAUCUUCCUCUCUGGGCCAGCUGCACGCGCUGCACAAGCUCUGGGUCUGAGCAGACCCUCCGGUUCACAGUACGGCUACUGUGCAUGUAUGAUAUAUGUUGUUGCUUAGUAAGCAUCUUCUACUUUGAAGUUUGUGGGUUGUUGUGACGAUCCUGUUGUCUGGUGUACUUGUCUAGGGAGAUAUAAGUCGUACUGCUAUAUGAACUGGUACUGCUAGCAAGUGAAUAAUAGCCGUGUAAUAAAACUUGUGAACUUAUAGAUGAUGAGGCAAACAAUGAGUUGCAGAUA